AUGGGGUUGUGCUAUCCUACAAAAGAAAAAAAUACAAAAUAUUUUCAUCAAGGAUAUAUAUUAGAAAGAAGAAUAAAUAAAAAUGAUGAUUCAGAGUUAUAUUUUGCUAUUUUUGUGAAAGGAAACAAAGAAAGAAUGGUUAGAAAAGUAAAUAAAAACAUACUAAAAGGAAUAACAUUUGAUUAUUUAAUGAAAAUAAGAGACUUUACAUAUUCAAAUACAUUGGCUAUUCCUAAUUAUCUAUUAAAAAUUUAUAAUUUAUACGAAGAUAACAAUUCUGUUUAUGUUAUAACGGAAAAAUGCACAGGUGGUUUUUUAUUUGAUAUCUUAAAAAAUAAUGAUUGCAUUAAUGAAAGAUUAUUAUCAGAAUGGUUUUAUCAAAUAAUAACUUCUCUUUGUUUUCUUGAAAAGAAUAACAUAUAUCAUGGUAAUCUAAAUGGUUACUGUAUUUUUUUUAAAGAUAAAAAUAGAAAGGAAAUAAGAUUAAGUUUACUAAGUAAAAAUAACAAAUAUGAUAAUAUUGAUCAAAAUGGAGAUUUAUAUGGUCUAUUUUUCAUUCGAUCACCACAAGAAAUUAAAAGAUUAUAUCAUGAUAAGAAUAAUACAUGGUACGUAGGUGUAUUAUUAUUUUUCUUAUUAUUUGGAUCUUAUCCUUUUAUAAGUAGAAAUAUUUUAAAGAAUUAUUUUAAAAUUGUCAAAAAUGAUAUCCCUUUUUCUACUUUGAAAAUCCGUCAUAAUCUUAGUAAAAAUAUCUAUGAUUUUCUUGAAAAAGCUUUGGAAAAAAAUUAUGGAAAAAGGCCAUCAUUAACAGAAUUAUUAAAUCAUCCAUGGAUAACAGAAAGAAAUAAUCAUUCAGAAGAUAAUAUAAUAAAUUCCAUUACAAGAAAAUCAGCAAAUAAUCAAAUAUGUGUACUGGAAAAAGACAUCCUUAAAUCAGUAUGUUAA